CAGUUUCAGACACUUGAGUGACCCUCUGCUCAGCUGACUGAGAAAGACUCCCCACUGAACGUCUUCAUGAUGGGAUUGGAAGCAUCUGCUCGGCUGCUGCUGCUGCUUCUGCUGCUGGGUUCCAGAUCAGAAUCUGCUCCUCUGUGUGCCGAGUCUGAAUCUGCUCCCUUCCCUCCAUCCACCUCUGUUCACUCACUGAGGCCUGGAGAUGUCUCUGUGCUGUCUGCUCUGGGACUCUCAGACAGGUCUGAUGCAACUAGAACUGUGCACAAACUCUCAGAGAUUCUGUCUCGCUUUAAUCCUGCUGUGACUACACUGCUGCCUAAACAGAGGAGUCUUCUGGUGGAGGCUGAAGAACUUGCCCUGUCUCUCAAAAACAAUGAGUGGAAGCUGCUCCUUCUCUUCGUGCCGGUGGAUGAGCUUUGUGUUUGCUCAGGCCAGGCCCGUCCAGCAGUGGACUCAGCCGUGCUGAGAGUGGAAGAGGCUCUGGACAAACUUCACGAGAAGAUGGUUCAUGCACUGGUUCAGGUUGUGGUUUGGGGUGGACAGGCUGAUGCAGAACUGCAGUCACAUGACAGAGACUGUGCAUGUCAGCUUGAGGCAGACCUCACCGCAGGGGCACAGAACUGGCACAAGUUCGAGAGAGCCACUCUAAUGGCUGGAUUACAGGAGUCUCUGGGUGCUCUGCUGCAGAGGCGUGGCUGGUGGAGUGAUCGGGGAGAUUUCAGUGUUGUGCUGCAGUCCAGCCCCACAUUCAGCGACUCCUCAAGUGAAGCAGGUGACGUGACUGGUUCAGCUCUGUGGGCAAAGCUGCUGCAGCCAUCAGAGGCGGAGUCUGCUUCAGAAGAACAGGCCAUACGCAGCUUUCCCUGCCCAUCUCAGGAGAGACCGUAUCUGUUCACACAGCUAAACUCACCCAGCCAGCCUGAGAUCAUCCAGUCUCCAUCCAGCGCAGACAUGCAGCCAACACCGAUGAUGGGUACUAGUCUGUCCUGCAGCCACAAGAGUCCAUCUCCUUCAGUUCCCACCUCAGUCCACGCUCUGAGACCUGCGGAUAUCAAAGUGGUGGGAGCUUUAGGAGAUUCCCUUACUGCAGGAAAUGGAGUGGGUGCAGCUCCCAAUAACCUCCUGGAUGUGAUGAAAGAGUAUCGUGGCCUGUCGUGGAGCAUCGGAGGUGACAGCUCCAUCUCGUCUGUUACCACCUUACCUAAUAUACUGAAGCUUUUCAGAUCUUCAAUCGUCGGUUUCUCAACCGGGCAGGGUAAAGAGACGAGCAGCCAGGCGUUCCUGAACCAGGCAGUGGGAGGAGCCAGAAGCGAACACCUGGUCAGUCAGGCGUGGGCUCUCGUCAAUCGAAUGAAAAGUGACUCGCGCAUUAAUUUCCAGAACGACUGGAAGGUCAUCACUGUCUUCAUCGGAGGAAACGACAUGUGUGCCUACUGCACCAACACGGGUUAUUACUCUGCUACUAACUUUGGCAAUCGCAUCCGUGAUGCCUUGGACAUCUUACACAGAGAGGUUCCUCGUGCUCUGGUGAAUCUGGUGGAGCCGCUCUAUAUAAUUCCAAUGCGAAAGCUGCACCUGGACUCCAGUCUGGGAUGUCCCACCUGGGUCAUCAAUGAAAUCUGCUCCUGUGUGGUAAAACCUGCAGAAGGAUCAUCUGACCUGCAGGCUUUAACAAACCUCAACAGAGCAUAUCAGAGCUCAGUAAGGAACCUGGUGUCCUCUGGACGGUACGACACUCGCUCCGACUUUACCGUAGUCGUACAGCCGUUUAUGAGAGACGUGACGCUCCCAAUGUCGAAUGGAAAGCCUGAUCGCUCGUUCUUCGCUCCAGACUGUUUCCAUCUGAGUCAGAAAUCUCAGUCUCUGAUGGCCCGAUCUCUCUGGAACAACAUGCUGGAGUCUAGGAACGGUAAAACAUCCUCUCUGAACUUCCAGGCCGGAGUUAAUGCAAAGUGUCCCGCCAGUAGCUCCUCUUAUAUUACAACCAAUAAGAACAGCUAAGCAGAUCAUCAAGCCCCGGACAUGCCAACACUUUCACCAGCAACCACCAGCUGAGUUCACUGGAGACACAAGGAACUUCUUUAAAAUAUCUCUUAUUUUAAGUAUAUUGCAGUAAUUCUAUAUAUUGUGUUAAAUAUUAAAUGUUUCAUAUCAACCACCAAGUAAGACUGUAGCAAGACCUUAACUUAACUCGCUUAGCGACCCCUUAGAAACCACCUGAAAUACCAUAGCUACUGCAUAGCAACAACCUAGCAUCCUAAAAACUGUUGGGGAUACCAUGUAACAAAAAAAAACUGCUAGUGUCCACAUAAUAACAGCCAAGCUAGCCGUUUGUAACUGUCAUCUGCAUCUGUUUUAUAUUUAAGGAAACACGGAUUCCACUUUUAAAAUGUGAUGUAAAUUUUUCGAUGUAUUGAUUCUUGAAUGAAAUAAAAUAUAUGAAGCAGAA